AUGAAGGGGGCACUGGUGACAGUUCUGGGGACUCCAGCUGAGGAGGAUGGUGGAGGGAAAAUAGACCUGUUAAAUGAGGGGGCUUUUGAUAAUAUGGACGUAGUGUUCAUGGCUCACCCCCUGCAGGAUGAUGCUCCCUAUCUCCCCCUAGUGGCUGAACAUGACAUGAUUAUAAAGUAUCACGGGAAGGCGUCUCACGCCUCGGCUUACCCCUGGGAGGGAGUGAAUGCUCUGGACGCGGCGGUGCUGUGCUACAACAGUCUGUCUGUGCUCAGACAGCAGAUGAAGCCGGACUGGAGAGUUCACGGUAUCAUAAAGCACGGAGGAAAGAAACCCAACAUCAUCCCUGCCUUCACUCAGCUGGAGUACUAUCUGAGGACUCCAUCCCGGGCCGAGCUUCUUCUCCUGAAAUCCAAAGCUUAGGGCUGUUUCAGAGCAGCUGCUGAGGCCACUGGAUGUCGGGUUGAAGUGGAGUAUUCCAGAAAUGCUUUCGACAACAUAUUGAGGAAUAAAACUCUGGAGGAUUUGUACGAGAACAAUGGAAAGGCUCUGGGGAUGGAGUUCACCACGGAUGAAGAAGUCCUGAACAACGCUUCUGGCUCCACAGACUUUGGAAACGUGACGUUUGUUGUUCCUGGGAUCCAUCCGUACUUCUACAUCAGCUCUAAGGCUCUGAACUACACAGAGGACUACACCGUGGCCUCUGGCGAUGACAGAGCUCAGUUCUUCACUCUGCGCACAGCGAAGGCUCUGGCCAUGACGGCUCUGGAUGUGCUGCUGCGACCUGAGCUGCUGCAGAAGGUGAAGCAGGAGUUCACUGAGGCCAAAGAGAAGGAGGAGAGGACGCUGAGAGGAGGGCACACAGAGCAGACAUGAGGAGGAGAGGAGGAGGAGAAGCUGCUCAAUCGAUAGGAUGCAGGGAAAAUCAAAGUUCUGAUUGGUAUGAUUGUGAAAGCGGUCAUGAUUAUUCAUAACUGCUUGAUGAACUGUUAAUUUGUAAUAUGUGCAUCGUCACUAAUUAAAUAGACCAAAUACUUAAAACACCACAAUAUGUGAACACUCACUCCAAAGUACUUGUUGUUUUCAGCGAUGAUUUUUUAAAUAUUCCUUCCAUCUUCACGUCUCAGGGAUCUCAGUCUGUUACGAGCUUCACAUGUCUUUGUGUUUUUUUAAUGGAUAAGUCUCUCAUACUCCUCAUAUUCAGCUGUCGGUAAAAAAGUUCAAACUGAAACUGGUUUUUAUUUCAGAAUCAAAUCCUGCCUCUCUAUUGAAUCUAAUAACAGACUGGUCUCUGGCUCUUUUAUGUCUAUUCUGGACUACACGGAUUGUUUUUUUUUUAAGAAUCAUUUUUAGGGCU